AUGCCUGUCUGGCCUAUCCUCGGCGAUGUCUUCUCCAAAUCACCAUCAUCGCCCUCCUCGUCGUCGAAGCCUGUGAUGCUCUCUGCAAUUUCAAUGCAGCAACUUUGUAUUUCUAGUAAUGACCUUUCUCCACCCAGUAGUCCAGAUUCUAACAGCGAGCGUCAUCCUAAUUCUCUCCUCACCGUCCCAGACAUCGACCGCAAUGGUUGUCUUGCCACUUGGAAUCCCAUUAAUUCUCCCGACACCGCAACGCAGUCUCGUUUUCGUUUUCCCCGGUUCUGGCCCACGGAUGUUCUUCGUCUCUUAACUCUUCCCUUCCAGUCAACUACAUCCGGGUCCUCGCUUAUCCAGGGCUCAGCUGCCUUGGUUUGGCUUACUGCCAUCGAGGCUGGUCUCGUGGCUAGAUUAUCUGAUGGACUACCGAAUAACGCUUGGGAUUCAUUGACGGCUCAAGCGGCGCAGAAUAUGGAUGUCCUAAGCAACCUUGAUAAUAUCAAAAUUUUAUCUAAUGUCCUCAAGACAAACGUGUCUGCCUGUGCAUCUAUUGGCAGCUUCUACCUGCCUCAGGUGGGGCGGGUCAUGUUGGGUCUGUACAAGGCAGUCAGCGGCAUCAUCAGCGAGACGGUAGCUCGGGAAGGGACCAUUGCCACUAAGACGCCAAAGAUACGGCGGUUGCGCACCGUUAAGAAGGAGAUCUUGAAACUGAUGGAGCGGUAUAUCAAGAAGGCUGAGGAUCUUGACAUUCAAAUAUAUAUUUACAUGUGA